UCUCAAAUCAAAUAUCGAUAGCAGCGAUCAUCCGCAGCCAGCAGGCAAUCAACAGCUCCAACAACAUUAGGCAUUCAUUAUCAGUUGAGGUUGUUUCUGUGGUGUUUUUUCCUGGGACCAAGCCGAAGUUCUUGUGACACGGCAAAAAAGGAGAGUUACUUCCUGACAACAAGGCCUGGGUGUACAACAGCAGUGUACGGCAGUACAGCAGCAGUGUCCAACAUAACACAUGCUGGAGAUGGACAUCGCCCAGGAGAGGUUGGCUGACAGCAACGCGGUGGUGGGCGUGAAGGCCACCUUCAGGGUUCAAGGGCAGGCGGUACACCAGUUCGACUCUUCCGGGAAAAAGGAUUCGACGCCGGCUGCUGCUGCUGCUGUUGGGGAGGAGGGUCCGGUAGAAGGCACGGAUAAGUACGACUGCCGGUAUACCGGGAGACACGACCAUGGCACUCUCCCGGCGCUCAAGACCGGCGGCCCGCACGGGGAGCUCGUCAAAGCCAUUCACGACGCAAAGGCCGAUAGCGAUGCCUUCCUGACGGAAUUGAUAAACAAGGAGGCGAGCGCUAGAGAUAGCAAACGCACCGAGGCCGAUCCGGGGGGUGCUGCUCUAGACGGGAAGCCGGGCGCCACGGCUGGCGAAGCGAUGGAGCUGGAGCCGUGUGGGGCCGGAAGGGGGGCCGAGGCGUCUCCGCAAGGGGUCCCGUUGCCGCCGACACCACCUGAAGCACAGCCGGCGAAACGACCAAGACCAUGACGUCACAUCUACGUCGUCGGCUGGGAUGGGUUCACCACUCUGUUUCGAGGGGGCCAGAAAUUCAAACUGGAACGGCCCGUGCGCUCUAUGGUCUUCACAGGCGGAGCAAUGCGUUCCCAAGGUUGGAUGGGGAUCUAGCAUCUUCUCCCUUGAUGUUCUUGCGUGUCUAUAGCCUAGACGUGUGCCCGGUAACGGUCCGUUGGUGCGAGCUACUACAAGUCAUGGGUACUGCGGGGCCCCGGUGGUUGGCAUGAACGCGGGGUUGAAAGAAAGGACGGAGCCAGAAUUUGGUGGAACGGGUUGCUAACGGAUGUGAGGAUGGGCCUUACAGUAAUGUCCACCCGCCUAUAAAAACACAAGAACUGCGAGGGGAUUUUUCAGGCUAACUGAUCGAAAGGUUGCACGCUGCCAAAUAGUAGAGAGCAUAACAAGGACAGGAACUUGAGCUGCACCGUUCGACGUAGACACGCGUUGUGCACCUCAUUUUGCAGCUGAUACGCCUGGACAAGUCCCGAGCCGCUGUGCUCGAUGCCAGCUGUGUGCCAGAUACAGACGGACAAAAUCUGGUUUCGACUGUA